AUGGAUCCCAACCAGCAGGCGCCAUCUUGGCCCGGCGGCGAUGCGCCCGACAAGGAAAAGAUGGACCAGAUCCGAGCCCGACGCCUCGCGAAGCUUGGCUCGACGGCUCCCAAGACGAACGAAGAUCUCAAGGCCGACGAGGCGUCGGAGAACAAGACCCCCUCGUUGUCCGACGCACCCACCCCAACCCCUACGCCCCAGAACGGCGAAACGCCCUCGAACGGAGCGAUGAUCGGCAACAACCUCACGCCUGCUCCCAAACCGUCCCCCUCCCCCUCCCCCUCCAGCUCUCGCUCUCCAUCUGCCAAGCCGGGCGUUCAAGACGCAAACGCCGGCCCGUCGCUCGACAUGUUGGCCCCUUCAGGUAGUUCCCGUUCGAAUGGAAAAAGGUCCGCCCUCAUUGACGACGACCGCGCAGCCACGCCGCCCCCCGCCGCUCGCAAGUCGAACCCAUCCCAGGCCGAGUCCGAUGAUGAUUACGCCCACAGGCAGCUGGCGCACAUAUUUCGCAUCACCCUUGACCCCCACCACAUGACCAACGACCAGGGACGGAGGAUGCUGUUCUUGCCCAGCCUGAACGAGGAGCUCAACGAGGCCGGCGAGCCGCUGAAGCUGUCCAUCGGCAUCCUAGACCAGGCCAUCAUCGAGGCCUGCUCCAACCUACCCCACCACAAGCCGCUCUUUGAAUACCUCCUCUCGUGCUGGAAACGAGCCGGCAAGGCGGCCAGCCUAGCCAAGCACGCCACCGGUCCGAGGCUGGCCGUCCACGACGAGGCGAAGCGCUUGUGCGUCAGCAACGGCCUGUUCUCCCUGACCAUGCCGAUGCUCUACGGGUACCGCUCCCUCCCCUCGUCCUCGUUUUCGUUCAUCGCUGACAGGCAUGACAGGCGCGAGAACAAUGUGCACCAUGACACCCUCGUACCCUACCUGCUCCGCGGCAUCUCCGACGACGCCGGCCUCGACUUUGACUUCAUCCGGGAAGCCGUCAAGCGAUUUGACGACGACGAGGCCUUCCCCGAUCUCUUCAGCCGCGCCAUGGUGGACAUAAGCCGCCAGCUUUCGAACCUGUCACUGGGCGACGAUUACAAGCCUCACGUUCAGGCCCUUUUGACCUACACGCGAUUUCCCGUCCUCAUCUCCAACCUCGCCGAGGACUCCUCCUUCCACAUGGCUCAGUCCGCGCCGGGGAUAGAGAGGCACACCAUCCUCGGUCCCUUCUUCCGAAUUUCCCCCCUGCAGCCCGAGGCCAUCAAGAGCUACUUCCCCGGCCCGCGCUCUCUCGAUCGAACGAGGAUCGCCAACGCUCAGGAGUCGCUGCGCAUCGUUUUGAAGGCCCACCAGGAAGACCUGUUCGUCAUUGCCAACGCCUUCAUCCGCGCCGGUCCGGACACGAGAAGCCGCACGCUCAACUGGUUUGCCUACAUCAUGAACGUGAAUCACAAGCGGCGCGCCAUCCAGGUUGACCCGAGAGAAGUCUCCUCCGAUGGCUUCAUGCUCAACGUCACCUCGAUCAUGGAUCGAUUUUGCGAGCCCUUUAUGGAUAGCGACUUCACCAAGGUGGACAAGAUCGAUGUCGGCUACUUCAAGAGGCAGCCUCGCGUCGACAUCAAGGACGAGACGAAGCUCAACGCCGAUCAGGCGACGGCCGACAAGUACUACUCCGAACAGGAGGAAGGUAGCUCCAAUUUCAUCUCAGAGGCCUUCUUCCUCACCCUCGCGGCUCAUCACUACGGCAGUGAAGCUCUCAACUCCCAGCUGAAGAACCUUGACCGCGAGAUUAGGUAUCUGGAGAAGAACAUCAAGGCCAUGGAGGCAGAACGACCCAAGUUUGCCAACGCACCCCACCAGCUACGUCUGUUUGAGGAGACGCUCAAGCGGCACACGAACGUGCUGGAGAAGACGAUCGCCCUCAAGUACGCCAUAGAGGGUGCCCUCCUGGACGAGCGGAUGCAGAGCACAUCUCUCCGCUUCAUGCGCUACGUCGCCGUCUGGCUGCUCCGCCUCGUGACGGGAUCAAACUACAGGCCAGGCAAGGAAUCUCAAGCUAUCAAGUACGUCUUCACCUUCAGUCGCAUCCCUCCUCUGCUCACAAGUCGCAGGCUGCCCCUCUCCAUGGAAGGCUCGGAAGCGUUUGCCUGCCUUCCGGAGUACGCGCUUCAGAACAUCGUCGACAACUUCAAGUUUAUAUUCAGGCAAGUGACGCCCGGGUUUCGCGUCGCCCGUGUCGGCUGCCAGAUCACAUUGCUUACCCUUCACAGGUGGUUGCCCGCGAUUCUCCCGAGCGCCGUCGGCGAGGAAAUGAUUGCCCUGUCCAUCACGUUUCUCCGGUCCUCCGACUUCAUCAAGAAUCCGUACCUCAAAUCCUCGUUGGUCUCUUUGCUCUUCUCGGGAACCUGGCCUCUCAUGCACCUGAAGAAAGGCGUGCUUGGCGACCAGCUCAUAUCGCUGCAGUUCGCCAACGACUAUCUGCUCCAUGCGUUGAUGAAGUUUUACAUCGAAUGCGAGUCCACCGGAGGUAACGCCUUCUACGAUAAGUUCAACAUCCGAUACGAGAUAUUCCAAGUCAUCAAAUGCGUCUGGGUCAACGACGUGUACAAGGAGCAGUUGACAAGGGAGAGCAAGGUUAACCGCAGCUUUUUCGUCCAGUUUGUCAACAUGCUGCUCAACGACGCCACCUACGUCCUGGACGAGGCCUUCACCAAGUUUCCCAAAAUGCGCAUUCUCGAGAGGGAGCUGGAGGACCAUUCGCUGUCGACCGAAGCGAGGCAGAAGAAGGAGGAGGAACUUCAAACGUUGGGCAACCAGGCGACAUCCUACAUGCAGCUUGCCAACGAGACGCUGGAGAUGAUGAAGCUGUUCACGCUGGCUCUCAGCGAAUCGUUCACGAUGCCCGAGAUCGUCUCUCGACUCGCCAGCAUGCUCAACUACAACCUGGAGACGCUUGCGGGCAAGAGAGCGGCUGCCGAGCUGAGCGUCUCUAACAAGGACAAGUACCACUUCCGCCCCAUCCAGCUGAUUUCGGACUUUGUCGACAUCUACCUGCACCUAGGCUACUCGCCCAUCUUUGUCGAGGCCGUUGCCGCCGAUGGCCGCUCCUACAAGCCUGAGGUGCUGGACCGUGUGACCCGAAUCCUGGCGUCGAAGAACCAGAAGGACGUCGGCGAGAUGGCCAAGUGGGAAAAGAUCAAGGCCCAGUUCCUCGAGGCGAAGCAGCUUCUCGACCAGGCCGACGUGGACCUCGGCGACAUCCCGGCCGAGUUUGAGGAUCCCAUCAUGGGAGACUUGAUGAAAGACCCCGUCCUCCUGCCCAGCAAGCACGUCGUCGACCGUUCAACCAUUGUGCAGCACCUCCUGAGCGACCCCAAAGAUCCCUUUACGCGACAGCCUAUGACGAUUGAUGACGCGAUUCCGCAACCAGACCUCAAAGAAAAGAUUGAAAAGUGGAGAGAGGGCAAGAUUGCCGACGCCAGGGCGAAGCUGGCAGUGAACCAGGACGCCAUGGAUACAACACAGGGUUGA